CUUCGGUGCUAUUAAAUGGCAAAAUGCGUGUUGCGUGUCGGCCGUUCACAUCACGCGCGCGCUCACCUGCAUAGUCAAGUGAAAAUCAUUUCUGCAACACAUUCUGUGGUUGUGAUUCAUGGCAACUCAAGGUCAAGUCAUCACCUGCAAAGGUACCGUUCCUUUUCUAAAAAAAAAGCCGAUUGCACGCUGGUAUUGGUAUAACCACGAAUUUGGUAUAUAUCUACAUGAAUAAAUGAAUUGUCUGCAUUUCUGCGGUGAUACUUCACUUACUUGUGUAUGCGGAACCCUCAGCCCGAGUAGAUCUGAAUGUGGUUAUUGUGAUUUGUGAUUGUACAGCUGCGGUGGCCUGGGAACCCAACAAGCCUUUGGCGAUCGAGGACGUUCAGGUUGAUCCACCGCAGGCUGGUGAAGUCCGUGUUAAGAUUCUAUUCGCUGCUCUCUGCCACACGGAUGCUUAUACGUGGAGCGGCAAGGAUCCUGAAGGUCUCUUCCCAUGUGUUCUUGGUCAUGAAGCUGCGGGUAUAGUGGAAAGUGUUGGUGAAGGUGUUACUGAGGUUCAGCCUGGAGACCAUGUUAUACCAUGUUAUCAAGCAGAAUGCAGGGAGUGCAAGUUUUGCAAAUCAGGAAAGACAAAUCUUUGUGGAAAAGUAAGGGGUGCUACUGGAGUUGGAAUCAUGAUGAAUGACCGUAAGAGUCGGUUUUCAAUCAAUGGGAAGCCCAUUUAUCACUUCAUGGGGACUUCAACGUUCAGUCAAUACACUGUAGUCCAUGAUGUCAGUGUAGCUAAGAUUGACCCAAAGGCACCUUUGGAAAAAGUCUGUCUUCUAGGCUGUGGUGUUCCAACAGGUCUUGGAGCAGUUUGGAACACUGCAAAAGUUGAGCCAGGUUCUAUAGUUGCUGUCUUUGGCCUUGGGACUGUAGGCCUUGCUGUCGCAGAGGGUGCUAAAGCUGCCGGUGCUUCACGGAUCAUUGGGAUAGAUAUUGACAGCAAAAAGUUUGACACAGCUAAGAAUUUUGGUGUGACUGAAUUCAUCAAUCCAAAAAACCAUGACAAACCAAUACAGCAGGUUAUUGUAGAUCAAACUGAUGGUGGUGUUGACUAUAGUUUUGAGUGCAUUGGGAAUGUUGAAGUGAUGAGGGCUGCUCUAGAGUGCUGUCAUAAGGGUUGGGGAACAUCAGUUAUUGUAGGUGUAGCAGCAUCUGGACAAGAGAUAUCAACACGUCCAUUUCAGCUGGUGACUGGCCGAGUUUGGAAGGGAACUGCAUUUGGCGGUUUCAAGAGCCGCUCACAAGUACCUUGGCUUGUGGAAAAGUACAUGAAAAAGGAGAUCAAAGUGGACGAGUACAUCACCCACAACUUGACACUUCCAGAGAUCAAUGAGGCCUUUGAUCUGAUGCAUGAGGGAGGUUGCCUUCGUGUUGUACUGAAAAUGCAUGCAUGAGUAAUGAGAUUGAUUCAGAUGGCUGUAUCUUUUGGUAUGGUGUGGAUUUGCGGGAAUCUUCAACCCCUCCCUCCUUACCCCCUCCACACUUGAAUAAGAUUAGAUGAUGAUAUGUUUAUAAAUUUUCAUGUUCUUGGGACAUGCAUGGUUGGGAUUUUCGGUUAUCAUAUUUAACAUUUCUCUUCAUUUCUUUUUUGUCGGUCGCCCAUCAGAGGAAGCGGCGAGUCUAGCUAUUUUAAUUGUUAUUCCUCUCCCCACCAACUUGAGUGCCUUUAUGGCUAUGUUUUCUAUUGCUUCUAAUAAGCACUUGGCUUUUUUGAUCACAAAAGCUAAAAAAAGUGUUUGUAAAUACAAAAUAUGUCAAAAGCUGAAGCAACCAUUGGGUGAUUGGGGUGCUUUUAUCUGCAUUUAGUUUUUUUUUGUAGAUAUGUUGAACUUUGAGGAUACUUUUAUACCUCAACUUUUUCCCACAUCCCAACUUACCCUUGUCUGAACAAACAAUUUCUUCGCUGACGAAGUUUUCCUUUGCUGCUAUAUUUGACCACCUUCUCCGGUGAAUUCCAUCCUCUGGCCACGGUGAACACGGUAAGCCCCAGUCCCAAAUUUCAGUUGUCAUGCCCGGCGAGAGGCCAACCAAGUUCUAUAACUGGCCAAGUUCCGGCGUGAAUAUAAAAAAACACAAAGAAGCAUGUGCAAGGCACCACCAUCACAGCUAUAUGGUCGCAGCUAUAUGGGGAGAGAAAUGGCACCCAAGGCAACACUAUGCCACUAUGGUCAGCUGCAAAUCUAGCAGGAUGGCCAUGGCUGUGACUCGCAACUCUUUUUUUUUCUGAAGUUAGCGCUCUUCAGGGGGUUUCACCAUCACUGUUUUUGGAGUAACCAAAACAACAUUCAAUUGAACAUGUUUGAAUGUAUAAAAAUUAGAAAAAUCAAAACUCUCGAAUGAAAUUAGCGAGAGAGAUGGGUAGAUGAGUACUUGACUACUUGAACACAAAUGGGUGAAAGUAAUGAAGAAGCCAUAAAUUUCUUGUAGCUCCACGAUAUAGAACACGCUCUUUUAAUUGAUCCAAUA